AUGGCAAAUCAGAACACUCUCGAGGCCAGCUAUGGGAACGUCAAGGAACUCUACCAUUCCAAAAUCUUCCCAUCUACUUACUCCCGCAAGCCUGGUUCGAAUCCGCUCAUGGUACCCAAACAGAAGCGGCAGCCUGGCGUUAAGAAACUCAUGCGCCACGACGGUUUCUGGUCUACAACUGGACCUAGACUUCAACCUGCAGACGGAUGCCGCGAUGGAUCUGUAGGCAACAUAGCGCUGGAUAUCGCGGAAGAUGAACCGGCAGAUGCAAUUGAAUAUCAAGCAGGAUUAUGGGGCAAAGUUCCAGUUGGUAACGGAAGCCAACUUGGAGGCAGCGAAAUUCCAGAUCUGCAGUCGUCCACGACUUCCGUUACAAUGCGGGAGUCAGAGACACAUCGGGUUUACGCGAUUCCAGCGCCACAUGAACAACCUCGAGAACAGGAAAUCCCCAGGGGUCCCGCCGAACCCACCAUCCCCAAUGUCUUAGCCUCAAACCUCCCUAUCGAUCCAGUCAUAAACCGGAGCCAGACUAUCGCCUACUACCGCAAACUUGCGGUGCUCCGCUAUUUAGAGUGGCGAGAUCCUGCAAAUCUCCGCAAUGACGGCGGGUUCGGGCCUCGCGGCACGCAGGGGCCAGACUGGACUGGUUCACUGACGGAUUUAGAUGCAGCAUUUAUACAGACGCGAGGAAGAGAAGCAAUCAGGCCUUGCGUCGCGUGUGCGGAGGGACGUGGUUUAUGGCGCACCUGCGUGGAGAAGCUAGGCGAGAAGAAUAACGGGGUCUGUGCAAACUGUCGCCAGCACAAGGGGUAUUGCAGUAAUUAUAUCGACGGCUGGACCACCGGAAAUAAAACACCCGGGCAUCUCAACGACCAUGCCAAUGAGGCAAAGACACACACUAUUCCCGGCACCGGGACUUGCGCAAUCCCCAACCAGAACCGGACCUUAACACUGGACGUUCUACUUCCUCCAUCCAGGGCUCGCACGGUAACCCCGAUGCCAGAACCUAACCGCUUCGACGAAGGUGAAUACGGCCAGGUCGUUGCAUUCCCUCUUAGCGGAGAGGACAUCAGCGACCUCUCGCUGCUGGUGGAAGCGGCUAAGGACGUGCGCAAGCACGUCAAGGUCAUUCUAAUGCAACGGGAGAAGCUUCUAAAAGAAGCCGCAGAGCGUGCCCGAAUGCACCAGCAGGAGCAAGAGCCGGAUCUGUGGGGAGAAGUCUGGAAUAGCAGGGGGCUACGGUAG